CGGACGGUGCAGCGGCGCGGUCACGUGACGCAGGGAGAAGGAACGCCAACAUGGACCCGCGGCCGUGAGUGGAGGCGCACAGAGCUGGAGCACCACACGACGCCGCGACACCGAUCCCGUCGACGGAGCGGGUUCACGCGAGCGAGCGGCCGGACACGAGUCUCGGUUCCUUGGUUUCUGACCUGCGUUUGCCUGCGCCGCCCAGAUCAAUGGUGUCCCUCAGCAGCAGAGCCCUGAAGUUGGAGGUGGACCUGUUUAAGGACAGUGGCUUCCUGUGUCUGGGGGAAGGAUUCCACAGUGAGGGAGGAAGCUCUGCCUCCUGCGACAGCCUGGAAGCUGGAGAGAUGGAGGUCAUGCAUGGCUGCAGUCCGGGACCAGCUGAAGAAGAAGAAGAUGAGGAGGAAGAGGAUGACGACGACGACGGUGCGGCGCUGCACAUUUAUGCGCGUGAGGAAGGUGAGGAGGAGGAGGAGGAGGAGGAGGAGGAGGAGCCUGGGAGCCGUGAGCCGAAGCUGCCAGAGUUUUCCUUCAACCCCUCGUCUCCAUUCUCUCCCACUCUGGAGGACAUCGAGGAGUUCUUGAAGGAGAAGAUGGAGCUUGUUAAGGAGGAGCUGUUUGCUCCCAAAGCAGAGGUCUCGCCGUCGCAUGGCCUCUCCAGUGACUCUGUAUGCCCCGCCUCCAGCGCCACCUCUUCCUCAGAGACUCGCCACACUACAGACUCGGUGGCCUCCAAGUGCAGCACAACUUCCCAUCUGCGCAAGAGGAGCCGCUCCAGCCCCCUCGUCACCCCGCCCCCCUCCCAAGCCGCCCAGAGCCCACCCGUGCUCGUCAGCGCCCCCCUGCUGCUCCAGCUUCAGCCUGUGCCCCAGGCCCCCGCGGGUGGCGUCUGGCUCACGCACCUGGUGAUGGGACUGCAGGGCACCGCGGGGCCCAACAUCACGCUGCUGGCUCCUCAGGCGCCCUCCACACCCGCCACCCUGCUGUCCAAGGCCUCGGACCAGAAGUACGUGAAAAUCGCCCCCCUGCCCAUCGCCGUGAGCGCGCUGGAGCUGGGCGAGGUGGCGGGACUCGGCGGCCCGGUCGGCGGGCUGCUGAAGGCGGCGGCGGUGGCGGCGCCACGGCUGGCCAAGGUCCCGCCCACGGAGCGGGUCCACAAGUGCUCCCACCCCGGCUGCGGCAAGAUGUACACCAAGAGCAGCCACCUGAAGGCGCACUUCCGCCGACACACCGGAGAGAAGCCCUACACAUGCAGCUGGCCUGAGUGUGGCUGGAGGUUCUCUCGGUCCGACGAGCUGUCUCGCCACCGCCGGUCCCACUCCGGCAUCAAGCCCUAUGAAUGCACCUUGUGCGAGAAGAAAUUUGCCCGGAGCGACCACUUGUCCAAACACACCAAGGUGCACCGCAGCUCGCGGCCCGGCCGGAUGCUCCGGGCCACGCUGUGAGAGCGCUGGCCAUCAGGUGUCCCUCAGGACCUGAAGGUUCCGGGAAGCAGAUGCCUUUUCCUUCCUCCCCACACUUGGUUCCUCCCGGCCCCCUCGCCAUGACAGCACUUCCUUCCUUCCUUCCACUCGGCCUGUUUGACCGCCUCCUCUGGAACGAACUGGAACGAGAGUGGACUUCCUGAGUGCAAACACUAAGCAGCACGUGUGUGUGCUGCCACAGAACCAAGGCUGCUAAACAGCGAUGGAAGCUCUUCGGUGACGUGUGUGUUGUCAAGACCUUACCCAUGUGACCAUCUCCCCACAUGUGUUUUGAAAAACCAUGGUGCUGUUUCAAACUGAAGAGAAGCUGUGGACAGGCAGAUGCCCGUCCUCCUUCCUGCUUCUCUCUCGGCGCUGGUCUUCUCGGAACAGCCGUUUGCUUCUGAGGCUGCAGAACCAGAGGAGCUUCCUCACAGCUCAUAAGCUCUGAAGGCCCCGCCCCCCCACACCAAGGGCCUUCCUCCUCGCCUUUGAUUUCAUGGUGCAAAAGUGAAUCAACACAUGGCUCCUUCAACCGUACAGUAGCGCUUACUGUAGGAGCCCAGGGCUUCUGCAGCAGGGAUGGGCAGCUACAGGUGGUAGUUGGCGUUGGACUCUAUCAGUGCAUUAAGCUAUUACGCCUCCUUCUGGAUCAGAUCCCCCUUUUGUAGCCCCAAAUACGUGUGGUGACGUCAUAACUGCCCUCCGACGAUUGUAGCUCCAUCAUGUCACGGAAUGUCAGGCCGACUGUUGCUGGGAUUCUUGAUCGGCUGGUUUCUCAAUCUUUCCAAUGAGUCUGCUGGUUUCAAGUGCACUUUGUUUCGCCUUAAAAAGGUCGUUCCUCACGGUUUAUUUCCGUUCCUUCCCAUGAACAUUUUGCUCUCGAGCGCUGUGACCCAAAUGCUGCCAUGUUUGACCACCUCAGAAGGAUUCUGGUGCUUCUUCUGCCGCACAUCUUCCCGGUGCUCGGACUGGGUGGCUGUCAGGUCUCCGUGGAAGGGCUGCGCCGCCUGCGUUUUGAAAUCCGCCACGCAGCAGGGCUUCACCGUCCUCGGUUACAUCUAAAGACAUGUAGUGGAUCCAUGUGUGGCGCUGCUGCGGAGAGGCGCCGGCUCCUCCUGGAGGGCUUGGUUUUCCUGGACCCACUGGCUUUAUCCUCGCAGUGUGACAUCAGCAGAGGAACAUCCCUCAAGACCACCAGUAAAACUACAGCUCUCAAAUGGGAUGAUUCCAGCAUGAGCAACUUUUGCUCAGAAAAUCAAGACUGUAUAUGUUUUUAUAGCUUUUAUGAGUUUUUAUUCUGCUUCCAGUGAUGGAGACGUCGCUGUCUGCCGGUUCUCGCUCUUACUUGCUCAGCACUCUUCGAUGGUCACUGAAGGAAAAGCUCCCCAGGAAGCUCUUAUCCCCCCCCCACCCUCCACCCCUUCCUCCGCGCUGCGCCGCUGACCUACAUCCAAACCUGUUUCCUUCAUCAUGGUCCGCGCCCCUCCUGUGUAUCUGGUUGAACGUCAGACAUGUUACUGUUUCAUUUUACUUUGUAUUCAAUACCAGAAAUGCUAUUUUCCUAUUUGCAAAAAAUAAAAAUGAUAAACCAUGGCAGUGUUCUGUCGUUUCUGAAUGGAGGCUGUGGAGUGUGGAAAGGUCAAAACUCACCCGUGUCAUGACAGCAGCUGCCGCCUUGCUUUCUUCUGGUUCAUGGUUUUAUUGCAGCACCUUCUCAUGCUGCUGGUCACCUUCGCCUCCUUGCGUGUGACCUGACCGUGGGCCACCCACUUCUCAUCUGUUCUCCUUGGCUUCUUCUGUUUCUUCUUGAAAGAGGAGUGUGAAUGUGCCCACCCCUGCUGCAGAGGCGGGGUGGAAGGUGGCUGCCCUCU